CUAAUUAAGAGACUGGCUGUUAUGUCUAAAAUCGGUUUUAAAAAUCAUAGGUUUAUAUAUUUCAAUCGUUUAAAUGUGACAACAAUGGAUUGGACAACACAGACUGACAGAAAACAUAACCUAUCUUUUUUUAUAUUUUACAACACUGUGACUGUUUACUGUAUUUAUUUACAAAUAUUUUUUUAUAGUGAAGUGAAUUAUUAACACAAUUUUUUAUGAAGAUAAUAAUUAUAAUCGAUCUUGAUUUUUAAAGGAUUAAACAAAAUGAGUACAUCUGUGGCGCUAUAUCGAUGUAGAUUAUGUUUAAAUAAAACUCCAACUAGAGUUAAGAUAUUUAGUGGAGAUUUUCCCAGAAUGUUAGAUACACUAACAUCAGUAAAGGUACACGAAGAAGAUGGUUUACCAAAAUAUAGUUGUAUAAAAUGCAUAGAAGAAGUUCAGAUGGCUCUGAUAGUCAAAAACCGUAUUAUAAAAGCACAUGAAUUGCUAGUAGAAGCUUUAAAACAGAAGAGGGCAAUGUUUCAAAGACUAACCAAAGAAGAAAUAAAGAAAAAAAAUCAAAUUCAACCUAAGUUAGAAGUAGUUGAGGACUUCAAUGAAGAUUCAAAUGAUGAAAGUGUAACAUGUGAUGAAAGUAUAGAUACAGUAGAAACAGAACUAGAUCCACUAUAUACAAAUAAAGAAGAAAAGAGAAGGCUAGGUCACAAUGUACAAAGUAGACGUUAUACAGUCCAGAAAUAUAUUAAGAUUACGAGAUUUACAUGUGAAAAAUGUAAUUUAAAUUUUUCAGAUAGACGUACGUUCACUAUGCACAACAGAAAACAUGAAAAAAGAAAGUGUGAUAUUUGUAGCCGAUUAAUUAGAACCGACAACAUGAAGAAACAUGUGUUGAUGCAUACAGCAGGUCCAUCAGUUUGUUCUUUAUGUGGAGUUACAUGCAAAAAUUUUGAGAGUUUAAGAUGUCACAAUUUUCAUUAUCACAAACAUAAUGCCCAACAGUACGUUUGUGAAGAAUGUGGCAAAGGUUUUAGAAUGAAAUAUAGAUUCUUGUUGCAUAAGAAGAAGGCUCAUAUGGGUCUUAAGAAUUUUAAAUGCACUACUUGUGGAAAAGCUUUCUUUACCAACGGCACUUUAUUAAAACAUGUUCGAAUGACCCACGAAAAAUUGAGACCUUAUGUGUGUGAAUAUUGUGGUACUGGCUUUUCAUCUAGAUAUGCUUUAACUACUCAUAAAAGAAAACAUACCAAUGAGAAACCGUUUGUCUGUCAGCAUUGUUCUGAAGGUUUCAAACAGCGGGUUUCAUUACGAUCGCAUUUGAAAUCAAAACAUGGAAUAGAGGAAGCCAAGGAAUUCUUUUGUAAAACGUGUGAGAAAGGUUUCGCUACAGAUUACGCUUUGAGUAUACAUGAAAGAUUACAUGAAAUGAAGAAGUGUGGAAUUUGUUCAGAAAAUUUUGCUGGAGAUGAAUAUUUGGCAAACCAUCUUAGGGAAAUCCAUCAUGUGGAAGUAGAAAUAGAACAAGAUACCUAAAAUCA